AUGAGGGCAGCUGCACGCCUUCUUGCCAGCGUCCGCUCUGGCAAAUUCCUCGAGGCCGGCGCGCCGACCGGCCUCACAGGCCUCGUUACCCACCCGUCGCCGCGAUCUACGCUGCUCUACCACUACAAUGCGACCCUCGACAAGCUCAAGCAGAUCCCCGAAUCGUCCGUGUACCGCCAGUCAACGGAAGCUCUCACAAGGCACCGACUGAAGAUUAUCGAGGAGGCGACGCCGGCUGGGUGGGACGAGUGGCAGGAGAGGAUCCAAAUGCAAAUCUCUGAGGAUCCGGAGGCAUUCCAGUUCGUGCAGACGUCUGGCGGGACCAACAUCAUAGCGCCCAAAGACCAGGAUAUUGAUACGAGGCUGAAGGAUGCUGAGUGGGAUGGAGAGAUCAUGGGGAAUUUCCCAGAGGGCAUUCGCUCCGCGGCGCAGCGGAGACCGCAUAUUCAGAAGAUGAAGGGCGACAAGAACUACAAGCCGGAGAGGACGUUCACGAAGGUCAACCUUGAGCCGGAGCCGCAAUACACAGCUGAGGCGAUAGCCGAGCUCGAAAGCAGGAUCGGUGGUGGUCUGAUUGAGGAGGUCGUUCAGGUUGCCGAAGGCGAGCACCAGCUUGUGGACCACAUGAUAGAGGCAAAGGUCUGGGAACCACUGGAAGAGCAGGCUCCCGAAGGCCAAUGGUCAUACUUUGAACGCGGCACUCACACUUCCACUCAGAAGCCGUAAGCUUGAAAACGAAAGCAGUUGUGUGUAUAGCGGGAAAAAGAAGUACUGUACGAGUUAAUGAAGUGAGACCCGGGUGUUCACGUGUUCUCUCCACUGGUCUUACACUCUCUCUGAAAUUCGAACAGUCCACCUUGCUCCUAAUCAUAUGCGCCUUCGCAUGAAUGCACAUAAUCUUAGCCCUCCGUGAUAAGUACUCGCCCUAGACCU